ACAUAGCCAUGGACAUGAUGCAGGCAACCACACGUCACCUUGCUCAACACACUGCCCUGCGGCACUUGAGUAGCGGGUAGUCUUCGUCUUCCUCUACGAGUGAGACAGCAGAGAGCGCAAAUCAUGCCUGCAGAUAGAGGCGAAUCUAUAAAGCUACGAGAAUGAGACAUGGAUCAGAGCCCCGUGCACCUAUAAAAGAGCAGCAACUGAUCGCAAGCUCCGACGUGCAGAGCAGGACUACUACUGCUAGCUUCCUAGAUAGCUAGUACCAGAAGCCAGAGCUCCACCCAGCCAAGAGGGGCGGCGGCAGGCAGCCAUGGCCAUGGCAACCGUGCCCCCAAACGCGAGGUGCCUGUUCCCGGGCAAGGAGCACCGGAACGCGAUCACGGUGCCGGAGUUCAAGCUCUGGCUGAAGCAGUUCGACACCGACGGCGACGGGCGCAUCAGCCGGAAGGAGCUCCGGGAGGCCAUCCGCCGCCGCGGCGCGUGGUUCUCCGGCCUGCGGGCGCGCUUCGCCGUCCGCCGCGCCGACCGGAACCGCAACGGCUUCGUGGACGACUCCGAGAUCGAGGGCCUCAUCCAGUUCGCCGAGAGGGAGCUCGGCUUCAGGAUCACCACGGACGCGGCCGCCGGCGCCGACGGCCCGCCUCUCGGCCGCGUCUCGCCGCCGGCCGACAGGUCCAUCACGUACACGGAACAAGGAUCUUUCUGCACACAUGGGAUUUUUUGCUCUAUAUGAGUAUAGCUUAGGUCUCUCCUCUGAAUAAUUUGUGUGGAAGCAGGAGGAAGCACCUACUCUGCAGUAGCAGCUUGUUUGGGUAGUGUACCGGCCGCGUGGUGAUCGAGGUGAUGAUGCUAUAUCAUGUACUGUAUAUUUGAUUUGUAAUAAUCCAUCCAUCCCAUGUGUGUUAUUAUGGAUUCAGCUUCUCGAUCUAUUUA